GUUCAAAAAUUGAAAAAAACAAUCCAAGUGAGAGGCGGUGACGUCAUCGUUCAGAGACACGUCCACCACACGGAAGAAGGUUCCUGUUCAACCUGCUGCCUUAUUGUUGAUAUAAGGACCGUCGUCUAAUCUAAAAUGGGUGGUUUCUUCUCCAGUCUCUUCUCGGGCCUGUUUGGCACCAGGGAGAUGAGGAUUUUGAUCCUGGGUUUGGACGGCGCAGGAAAAACAACCAUACUGUACCGGCUGCAGGUUGGAGAGGUGGUCACCACUAUCCCCACGAUCGGCUUCAACGUAGAGACGGUCACGUACAAGAAUCUGAAGUUCCAGGUGUGGGAUCUGGGAGGACAGACGAGUAUCAGGCCCUAUUGGCGGUGUUAUUACUCUAACACAGAUGCAGUCAUCUACGUCGUUGACAGCAGUGACCGCGACAGGAUGGGCAUCUCAAAGUCCGAGCUGGUGGCCAUGUUGGAGGAGGAAGAGCUGAAGAAGGCGAUCCUGGUGGUGUUUGCAAACAAACAGGACAUGGAUAUGGCAAUGACACCCACUGAGGUUGCCAAUGCUCUGGGCCUUCCUGCCCUCAAAGACAGAAAAUGGCAGAUCUUCAAGACCUCGGCCACCAAGGGCACAGGCCUGGACGAGGCAAUGGAAUGGCUGGUGGAUUCCCUCAAGAGUCGGCAGUAAAGACACCCACCCUUUCUGUAUAUACUCCUGACCUUUGACCCUUCUGUAUGAAGCCUUGUGACUGACCCCCCCCCCCCCCCCCCCCCCC